AUGUUAAAAUCAUCUGAUAUCGAAGCAGUUGUGAGGCCUAUCAUUUUCCAAGAGUACAUCACAGAAAGUUUAGAUGCUUUUCCUGCAAGCAUCAUCAACGACAACAUGAGAGAAUUCAACUUCAUUCUGGGCUUUGCCACAGAUACUUAUCUUGAAGAUGGAACAGGCACAGGAGCAUUCACCCGCAGUUGGAGCUUUGAUGACUUUAGCCCAACCAAAGUGUUGAAUCUCAAGCAAGAGCAUAAGAAUGUGAAAGUGGUAAUAAGCAUAGGAGGCCAUGGCACUGAAGAUGUAUUCAACCCUUAUGAUAAAGAGGAGUGGAUUAAGAACGCCAAAUCAUCAAUCAAAGACCUCCUCCUAGACUACAAGAUUGAAAGCAUGCCUGUCAGCUUUUACACGAUUGACGGUAUUGAUAUUAACUAUGAAAACAUCAAAUCCAAUGCAGAUGACUUUGCCGACUGCAUAGGUAAGGUCAUAAAACAACUCAAGGAGGAUCACGAAGUUUUAAACUCCGUGAAUGUGGUGUCCAUUGCUCCAACUAAGGAUCUCCAACCCCACUACCGCACACUGUAUCUCAAAAACCAAGACAAUAUUGAUUGGAUUAACUACAAGUUCUAUAAUCAUACUUUUGACUCAGAGAAAGAGUUUGUUAAGCUCUUUAAAAUACUAGUUUAUGAAUAUGGUACCGCGUUUAAACUGUUGCCAGGAAUCAGCACCAAUACAAAUACUCCUUCUUCAAUGACAACUGAUAUCUUUGUUAAGGGAUGCACAAUCCUCCUUAAAACUGCAUCACUUCCCGGAGUUUUCGUUUGGGAUGCUAAUACCUCCUCCUCCCCCACAUAUUCACUCGAGGAAGAACUUCAAAAACUCCUUACUAAAGAGUGA